CAGCGGCGAGAGUGGCUGCGCCGCUCUCCAGAGGCAGAAGUUGUGGGUCGGCCGGCGGAGGCGAGCAGGCCCGGGGGCCGGGACCGGGACCGCGGCCGCGCUGCCCGGGCCACGGGGACUGAGGAGGCGCCGCCGGUUUGCGGAGCCACAGCCACUCACCCGGGUCUAUGGCCGCGGUGGGGGAGUGGUCCUGCACGCGCUGCACCUUCCUGAACCCGGCCGGCCAGCGCCAGUGCUCCAUCUGCGAGGCCCCCCGGCACAAGCCCGACCUCGACCAGAUCCUGCGGCUCAGCGUGGAGGAGCAGAAAUGGCCCUGCGCCCGCUGUACCUUCCGGAACCUCCUGGGCAGGGAAGCCUGUGAAGUAUGUGGCUUCACCCCGGAGCCCGCGCCGGGGGCCCCCCUGCCCAUCAUCAACGGGGUCCUGCCCAAGCCGCCCACCGCCCUGGCAGAGCCCAAGGGUGGCUGCAAGGAGGAGGCAGGGCCGGUGCGGACAGCGGGGCUGGCAGCUGUGGAGCCAGCCGGGGGCCACCCCGAGGCGGAGGAGGCGGGCACAGCGGAGCCCGGCAGCGGCUGGGCGUGCCCACGCUGCACGCUGUACAACACGCCCGUGGCCAGUUCCUGCUCUGCCUGCGGGGGGCCCCGGAAACUCUCGCUGCCCCGGAUCCCUCCUGAGGCCCUGGUGGUCCCCGAAGUUGUGGCCCCCGCUGGCUUCCACGCCGUGCCUGCCGUGCCCCAGCCGGGGCUGCCCUCAGACGGUGCCGAGGCCGACCCGGCCCCUGCCGGCCAGGAGCCCCCCAGGAGACCACCCUUCAGCCCCUUCUCCGCCACCCUGCAGAACAACCCCGUGCCCCGCAGCCGCCGGGAGGUGCCCCCCCAGCUGCAGCCACUGGUGCCUGAGGCUGCUCAGCCCUCGCCCUCCACUGUCUCCAGGGGGUCCCCGCAGGGCCCAGGCCGGGCCACCGCUGGAGCCUCCCGCCUGGCGGAGCUGCUCUCCGGCAAGCGGCUGAGCGUGCUGGAGGAGGAGGCCUCAGAGGCCGGCCCCACCCACGUCGAGGCCAGCAGCUCCUCCCUGGGCAGCGACAUCAUAGACCUGGCCGGGGACACCGUGCGCUACACACCUGCCAGCCCCUCCAGCCCGGACUUCACCACCUGGUCCUGCGCCAGGUGCACGCUCAGGAACCCCACCGCGGCCCCCAGGUGCACGGCAUGCGGCUGCUCCAAGCUGCAUGGCUUCCAGGAGCACAGCGAGCCCCCAGCCUGCUGCCCCGACUGCGGUGUGGACAAGCCCGGCCCCUGCGGCAGCAGCUGCGGACGGGUCCCCUUGGCCCCCAAGGCCACCCGCCUCUUGCCCGAGCGCCCAGGCCAGUGGGCCUGCCCCGCCUGCACCCUGCUGAACGCACCCCGGGCCAAGCACUGCGCUGCCUGCCACACACCCCAGCUCCUGGUGGCCCAGCGCCGAGGGGCCGCGCCCCUGAAGCGCAGGGAGAGCAUGCACGUGGAGAAGCGGCGGCAGACGGACGAGGGCGAGGCCAAGGCCCUGUGGGAGAACAUCGUGGCCUUCUGCCGCGAGAACAGCGUGAACUUUGUGGAUGACAGCUUCCCUCCCGGGCCCGAGUCUGUGGGCUUCCCCGCGGGCGACAGCGUCCAGCAGCGCGUGAAGCAGUGGCUUCGACCCCACGAAAUCAACUGCUCCGUCUUCAGGGACCAGGGCGCCCCGUGGUCUGUCUUCCACACGCUCCGGCCCUCGGACAUCCUGCAGGGGCUGCUGGGGAACUGCUGGUUCCUGAGCGCGCUGGCGGUGCUGGCCGAGCGGCCGGACCUGGUGGAACGGGUGAUGGUCACGCGCAGCCUGUGCGCGGAGGGCGCCUACCAGGUGCGUCUGUGCAAGGACGGCACGUGGACGACGGUGCUGGUGGACGACAUGCUGCCCUGCGACGAGGCCGGCUUCCUCCUCUUCUCGCAGGCACAGCGGAAGCAGCUCUGGGUGGCUCUCAUCGAGAAGGCGCUGGCCAAGCUGCACGGCUCCUACUUUGCGCUCCAGGCGGGGCGCGCCAUCGAAGGCCUGGCCACUCUCACCGGCGCCCCCUGCGAGAGCCUGGCGCUGCAGGUCAGCUCCACUAACCCCCGCGAGGAGCCCGUUGACACUGACCUCAUCUGGGCCAAAAUGCUGAGUUCUAAGGAGGCUGGGUUCCUCAUGGGCGCCUCCUGUGGCGGGGGGAACAUGAAGGUGGACGACUCCGCGUACGAGAGCCUGGGCCUGCGUCCCCGCCACGCCUACUCCAUCCUGGACGUCCGCGAUGUCCAGGGCACCAGGCUCCUACGGCUCCGGAACCCGUGGGGCCGCUUCUCCUGGAAUGGCAGUUGGUCGGACGAGUGGCCGCACUGGCCGGGGCACCUGCGCGGCGAGCUCAUGCCCCACGGCAGCAGCGAGGGCGUCUUCUGGAUGGAGUACAGCGACUUCAUCAGGUACUUCGACUCCGUGGACAUCUGCAAGGUGCACUCGGACUGGCAGGAGGUGCGGGUGCAGGGCUGCUUCCCCAGCUCUGCCAGCGGGAACGUGGGGGUGACGGCGCUGACGGUGCUUGAGCGCGCCUCGCUGGAGUUCGCGCUUUUCCAGGAGGGCAGCAGGCGCUCGGACGCAGUGGACAGCCACCUCCUGGACCUGUGCAUCCUGGUGUUCCGGGCCACCUUCGGGAGCGGUGGCCACCUGAGCUUGGGCCGCCUCCUGGCCCACAGCAAACGCGCCGUCAAGAAGUUCGUCAACUGCGACGUCAUGCUGGAGCCCGGCGAGUACGCCGUGGUGUGCUGUGCCUUCAACCACUGGAGCCCCGCCCCGCCGGGCCCCCCCGCCGCGCAGGCCUCCAGCCCCUCGUCAGGAGCCCCGCGAGGCGCCCCCGCGCCGCCCGGCCACGUGCUGGCCGUGUACAGCUCUCGGCUGGUCAUGGUGGAGCCGGUGGAGGCCCAGCCGACCACGCUGGCCGACGCCAUCAUCCUGCUCACCGAGAGCCGGGGCGAGCGGCACGAGGGCCGCGAGGGCAUGACCUGCUACUACCUGACGCACGGCUGGGCGGGGCUCAUCGUGGUGGUUGAGAACCGGCACCCGCGGUCCUUCCUGCACGUGCAGUGUGACUGCACGGACAGCUUCAACGUGGUGUCCACGCGCGGCAGCCUGCGCACCCAGGACAGCGUGCCGCCCCUGCACAGGCAGGUCCUGGUGAUCCUGUCCCAGCUGGAGGGCAACGCCGGCUUCUCCAUCACCCACCGUCUGGCACACCGCAAGGCGGCCCAGGCCUUCCUCAGCGACUGGACGGCCUCCAAGGGCACCCACAGCCCCCCACUCACGCCCGAGGUGGCGGGUCUGCACGGGCCCCGGCCGCUGUGACCACCGCGCCCCCGGGCCAGGCUGUGGGCACGUGGACCGCCUGCCCGCCCCCCACGCACUUUAAGGGGGAGACCCCGGUGGAGGACGCUUGACCAGAAUCUCAGGACCCACCCAGGGAGCCUCUGGCUGCAGCUUCCCCGGCACCCCCAGCACCCGCCGUCCGCCUGACCAGGCCUCCCGGCCGCCAAGCAGAAUACCUCGAACCGGGCAGGCUGUGCCGGCCUGGGGGACGGCGGCGACGGGCGGGUCCACAGCCUGGCUGCCCCUCUCAGGCGGUGGCUCUCCUGCCAGAGUGGGCGGCUGCAGCUCUGCUCACAAAACCAAAUCUGGGUGUCAGAGGUCGUGACCGUGGUGAGAUCAGGGACCACCGUCUGUGGGGCCUGAGGUCAGAACCUUCUGGGUCUGUGCCCAGAGCCCAGCUCCCAGCCCCCCACAGGCACCCCAGAGCCUGGCGCCGAGUGGCACGUCUUGGGGAAGGAGGGUGUCCCCUGUCCAGCCGCCCCUCCAGCGACACUAUGCAAUUCCCGGAGCGUCUGCCAGGAUCGAAGCCAUGGCAGGGCUGGCGGGCUGGGGCCUGGCCCUGCCUGCUGUCUGGGGAGGCGCCGCGUCCUCAGCACCACCAGACCCCUGCCAGGCAGGCCAGGGGACAGCCCCAUCCACAGCCUUGGCCGUGUGGCAGAGAGGGAGCCCAGCCCCGUCCCGGGCACAGGCAGAGCGCGGCCAUGGCGCCUUCCCCACUAGACGCCCAGGUUGCUGAGCCACCCUCCUGCCCAGUGUCACCCCAGCCAGCCCUCCCUGGCAGCGGCAGCCAGCCAGCCCCCAGCCCUCCUGUCCUGCAGGGCUGGGGGGUUUUUACACCUAGAGAAACAUUCCCCUCUCCCCUUUGGGCCUCCUUUUACUCUGAGCUGUGAAUAUUUUUAACCCUGUACAUAUGGCCAGCUCUUCUGACACAGAGACUAUUUUAUGAAUUGUCAGUCCCCCUCCCGUACGACACGACUCUCCAUGGUGGAUUCCAGACUCAGGCUCCAGUGGACCAAAUAAAGCGUUUUGUUUUGUAA